AUGGUUUGUGCCAUCGUCCUGAUUCUGAUCUUCAUGUUUCGCAAUUACAAUGGCGAGCCUCGGUCCGCCUCGGACACGCCACAAAUAAUCGAAUUGGAGACGACAUAUGUGCCACCAACAACCCUCUUCAGUCCACCCAAAACAAGCAGCGCAUCGAAACCACCAAGCCAACCGGAGAAACCACAAAGUGUGGCCGAAAAGUUCUUCGUAUUUAGUCCAAGGUGCAAGAUACCCUAUGUCGAUCCAUUCAAAUCCGAACUAGUGGACGUGAUGUCCGAAGUUCCACUCAAGGUCUGUUCAAUGGAUCAGGACCUUUUCAGCGUUCUCUAUGACCGCAAAGCGAGGCACUACACACUGCACGUGAACCAAGAUUUCGUGAAGACGAAAUAUGCAGACAGUAGCGAUUUGCAUUGUGUCUAUCGGGAGGUAAUUCCAGGAAGUAACGAUUCAUUUGCCAUGACCAACAGUCCUCAAGUCUUCGAAGAAUACUUCGUUGUGCCACGUCACUUUCUUGGCGUGGUGGUUCAGUGCAAUGAAAUGAAGAACCUCUCGCAAGUGGUGCAGGUCGAUGCGUUCUCCUUUGCACAGUACCCGGAGGACCGCAACGAGACGAGCGAUGACUGGCGCGGCGCCCACUAUCCCAGUGUCUUCCUCUUUGGCAUCGACAGCAUGUCCCGGAUAAACUACCGUCGGACCAUGCCUCUCACCUCGCAGUUCACCAGUCAGCAGGGCUGGUAUGAGAUGGAGGGGUACAACAAAGUGGGAGACAACACCCUGCCCAAUCUACUGGCCGUCCUGACGGGUCGCAGCACAAAAGAGUGGUCAAGGAACUGUAACUUAAAGCAUCCUGGCUGCUUUGACUUCGUCACGUACUUGUGGGACCACUUUCACAAUGCCGGCUACCUGACUGCCUAUGCGGAAGACCUUCCCGCUAUAUCGACAUUCAACUAUUUGAAGUCGGGCUUUACUCGGAAGCCGGUCGACUUCUACCUUCGUCCAUUCCUGAUGAUCCUCGACCAUGUGCUCGAAACCGUCGAUUGGUUUGACCAGAAAUACUGUGUGGGGCGGAGGACAAGCUUCAGCUACGUCUUUGAUUAUGCCAAGCAGCUGAUCCAGCGCUUUGUGAAGGAAACGUCGAAGCCCCUGUUCGGUCUCUUCUGGACGAGCAGCUGCACCCAUGACCAUCCCAGAGGGGGCGAACUUCUGGAUGGGAUCUUCGUCAAAUACUUGGAACAGUUCAAGGAGUACGGAUUAUUCGACAAGGCCAUUGUGGUACUCUUCAGUGACCACGGGUCCAGGUAUGGGGAGUUGGCGGAAGUCUCUUCAGGCUUUCUGGAGGAGCGCCUGCCCAUGCUGCAUAUUUAUCUGCCGCCCCACUACCGUCGUCGCUAUCCAGAGGUGGCACGCGCUCUUCAGCUCAACAAGAAUCGUCUUACCUCCGCCUAUGAUCUCCAUAUGGGCAUCAGAUCCAUUUUGAAGCCGAUUCGUCCUGGUCUUGAAUUUGUAUCGACCAUAGAGUGCUAUGGUUGCCAAUCAAUCUUUGAAACGGUUCCCCGCGACAGGGGCUGUGACGAAGCCAACAUCCCCUACCACUGGUGCGCAUGCGAUACCUUUGUCCCAGUGUCCAGCUCUGGUUUCACCAAGAAGUUGGCCGGAAUGAUCGUCUAUCGAAUGAACAAGUAUUUGGCUCAGCUGAAUCUGGAUGCCGACUGUCAGCGACUGCACCUUCGCAAACUAGUGAGGUCCAAGCGCCAGCUGCACUUUGAUAGCGUUGGAGUCGAGGUCAGUCCCUCCGACGGCAUGGAGACAUUUCAGUUGCAGUUCAUCACCUCGCCGAAUGGCGGGAAAUUUCGGUCUGUUAUCAACAGUGAUCCCACCGGGACGUACGUGGAUAUUGAACUGGAGGGGAUCAGUCGCUUGAACUCCUACCGCAAUGAGUCCCAAUGUGUGGAAGACGUGCUGGCCAAGAAAAUAUGUGUGUGCCGCAAAAAGAAAAGCAACGGUUCCUCAAUCGUUGAUGAAAGUUCCAAAGUACGGAAAGUGAAGUACUCAUGGAUAGCGGAUCAAGAGGACGAAUAUGAUGAUUCGAAUGAUCAUGUUGUCGGUAAAAUUCGAAUAUAUCAGUAAAGAUCUCUACAAUUUGCGGUAUUAUAGUUAACAGAAUACAUUUAUACCGAAUGAAACACUUGCACACACGGAAGGCAGGGUAACCAGGCGGAUUGGAUGGAUAUUUAACAGAAAAGGCGAAAGAAGAAGUGACUUCCAAAAGUAAUUUCUCAAUAAAAUGCAAGAAGACUAAUUCCAAAGUCCAUGCAUAACUCAAAAACUAAUGAAAGAACCCAUUAAAAUAUGCACAAUACAAACAAAUAAAUAAAAAAGAAGCAAACUUCCCA